UUCACUUUCUGUUCUGCUAAACUGAGACUGAGAAGUGUCAACUCUGAAAAGAUCCAUUCUCAUUAUUAUUAUUAGGAUUUAUGUCAAUGGAGGACAAGGAGACGACACGCACCUGUGGCACCUGCCACAAAGACGUUGCAGAGGCCAACUUCGCUCUGCAUGAAACGCACUGCAAACGCUUCUUAUGUCUCUGUCCCGACUGCAAUGAACCGGUUCCCAAAGAGAAACUGGACCAACACAGAGAGGAACAGCACACCAAGGUGAGAUGCGUCAAAUGUUACCUGACGAUGGAGCGUUGUCAUCUAGAGGAUCAUGAGGCCGAUGAGUGUGAGGAGCGUCUGCUGAUCUGUCAGUUCUGCGAGCUGGAGCUGCCGUCGAAGGAGCUGGACGAGCACUGUCUGGUCUGCGGGAGUCGUACCGAGCUCUGCAGGGACUGUGGUCGCUACGUCACCCUGAGGGACAAACCCGACCACGACUCCACCUGCUCGGCGACUGACGACGCCUCGGGUCCUCCUCAAACCGCCAGCAAGCUGUCUCCAAGCAAAACAAAAACAACAGCAAUUUGUAGCAGAUGUAUGGCGUCUUUUCCAGCUGAGGAUAUAGAACUACAUGAGCUGACGUGUGUCAUGGCAACCAGGUUGGACUAUGAAAAGUCUUCGUCAGAGGAGGAAGAGAGUGAGUUCAAGAAGGAAGAGAGUGAGAGUGAAGAUGAGGAGGAUUUAUCCGGACAUAGGUCCACCCCUUGGCUAAGCCGGGCCUUCAAGGCGAGCUCUCUGUCCACUAGAGGAACCGGUGCCGAUGCCGAUGACCCGGACCAGAUCAGAACCUGCCCCUACUGUCACCUCACCCUGCCCGUCUUCACACUGCGCUGGCAUGAGGUGAAAUGCCAAGUCCUCAUUAACUUGCAAUGAAGAAAGGGAGCUGCUCCGGAGAUCUUUUUUAUGUUUAAAUUAAGGUUUACUUUUAGAUUUUUUAGUUUUAGUUACCUUAGAUUCUAGUCAGUGUGUAAAUGACUUUGUGUUUGCAUGAAAAUAAAUGAUAAAACUCAUCGGCUACAGCUACUAAACUGUAACGCUAUAAUUGGCUGUUGACUAACUCGGUGAUUUGAAUGUUUUGAUUAGUUUAAGUAAAAAUGGAUCAGUUGCUGCUAAAGUCUCCAUUAAAAUAAAAUAUUUACAUGUUAAAA